AUGAUUCCAUUACUCUUCAGAGAAGUAUCUCCAAGCAGCGAGCUUCCAGUGCGGCAUUGUGAGAACAAAUCGAGAUGGCUUUCUUUACAAGUACCUUACGGGCAUCGUCAAAGGCUACAUCGACAGCUUUUUGUUGUGGCUUCACCUGCGUCGAAUUGGAUUUCGCCCCCAAAAGACGAGCCCACUUCCCAUAGAAAAGCGGCGAACAACAAUGCAGGCGAAAAAUUUAAAUCUUCAUCAGCAAUCAUGUCGCCAUCUGAGCCUCCCUCCAAGCGCAUUCUGCUUGUAUGGAGGGACGAUCCCGGUCUGACCGUCCCUACUGUCGUCCCUACUGUCGCCGCCCUGAAGUUUACUCCGACUUCCACCCCUACUGUUGUCCCUACCGUCGCCGAACUGCUUCAUAAGCUCGAGGCUGUUCCGUACAUCAAGACCAACCUAGACAGCGCCGAGAGUCCUUUUACGGCUGUCCCCGCUGUCUCUAAACCUCCCAAUUUCUUCAAGUCUGUUCCGUAUAUCAAAGUUGAGGACGAUGAUGAGGAUCUCAGUACGACUGUUGCUAAACCGCCCAAUAGCCCCAAGAUUGUUCCGUACAAGAAGAUUGAAGGUGCCGGGAGUCCCAGGACAGCUGUCCCAACUAUCGCUGCGCUGCCCAUUAGUCCCGAGGCUGUUCCGUACACAUUCACGACUGGGAACGACGCCGAGAAUCAAGACAGCAGAACUAGCAUAUGGUCCAUGUAUGGAGAGUACUUCGACGUCCCCAACGACCCAAGGGAGAUGUUUCUGUUCUUCAGAGGUCUGUUCGACGACGUUUACAAGACAGCGGCGGCCGGAGCUUUUUUAAGCAUCCGCCAGCUCGCUCUCCUCCAUGGCGCCCCGUCCAUCCUUGGCCCACCCAACAAGCGUAAGGCGUCUACUAUCGUACAGCAGGAGAGCCGUGUGCAACCGCCUAUCGAAGACUCUCCUCUUCGGCUUGCUGGCCGGCCAUCUCUUCGUCGACCUGCUGAACCGUGGCCUGCCCCACAAUUUCCUAGACCGUUGUUUUAUCGUCAACCUGCCGAGCUGUCUUCUGCCAAUCAAGCUGCUGGACCGUCAUCUGCUCAUCAACCCGAUGGACCGCCGCCAUCUCCUACUCAACCUGGACCGCUGUCUGUGCCCGCCUCCCCCAACGAAGGUUGCCGUGGCGCCAAGAGAACACGCCCAGCCCCACCACCCAUCCGGCGUUUGGAUCGAUACCAGGUCAUACCACCAACCCGAGACCUCGGGGACUUCGCUAGCGUUGAGGACGCUUGUCGUGAGCUUUGGAUAUGUGCCAAGGUUAUCAAGGGGAAAUAUUUGGAGGGCUUAAUUACCUUUGAUGGUCGGCAUAGUUAUACUAAGGUAUCAACGCCGGGGUGUGAGGCUUGUGAAAAGUACAAUAGGCCGUGCAAUCUGUUAGUUGGAGGAAUGGAUAGGCACGUAAAGCACGUAUUGCGACCUCCUGUAAUAUUCUCUACCCGUGGGAGACCACCUAAAGGCAAAGGCCUUGAUUUGGUCAUCCAGUGGCCCCCGAACCGCAACCCAAAUCUCGCAAUGCUCGCCCACAUGAAGGACUGCAUACAUAGACAGGUAUCAGAUCUGUGCGAAUGGAGAUCUUUCUAG